GCUGUUCUAGAGAAGAAUAGAAGACCUCGAACAUGAUAUCGCCAGUGCUGAACCUCAGCGAGAUAAAUGUGAUUCAGGUUUUGUUGCUGGAUUACCCUAUCUGCUGAUGGGUUGCACUUUGGUUUGGGGAGGACAGUUGGCUGACUACCUCCGUAAAGAACGUAACAUCGACACAUUGACCGUACGACGAAGAUUUUGUGUGGCAGGAUUCGCUGGUCAAGCUCUCUUCCUUGCACUGGCGUCUGUCACGUCGUCACCACCUUUUCUAGUUGCUUACCUCGCAAUAUCUAUAGGAUUAGGAGGAAUUUGUUGGGCUGGAUUCUCUGUUAAUCACUUGGAUCUUGCUCCUCAGUUUGCUGGACAUCUAAUGGGACUGUCGAACACCUUGGCUACCCUACCAGGAAUGAUCUGUCCGCUACUUGUUGGAUACGUUGUCACUUCAGGAACCGUUGCUGAAUGGAACAUCAUUUUCUACACAACGGUAGCAAUAUACGCCAUAGGUGGAGCAAUCUUCUGGAAAUUCGCAUCGGGAGAAUUGCAACCCUGGGCUGGCGAACAAACACCGUUCAUCGGCGAACUACACUGA